UUUCUCUUUUUAUUUUAUUUUAUUUUAUUUUAUUUAUUUAUUUUUUUUGGGGCCAAAUUCGAACGAAUUCUAGGGUUUUUGCUUCGUCAUCGUCUUUGAUUCUAUAUCUUCCACAUCUUCUCAGCUUUCAAGUCUCGGUCGGCGCCGUCUGGGGGUUGAAAUCGAGGUUUUAUUGAGUGUGGGCGUCGUGCGGAGUUGUUGGGGUUGGAUCUGGUUGUUUGUGGGGGAUUAGAGUUCUGGUGCUUCGAAUUUUUGGUUCUUUUUUUGGGGAAUUGGGAUGAGGAAUGUUGGAGGGCCUAAGCUAAAGUGGGCAGACAGCCCUUCCACAACAACCCAGGCCAAUAUGGCUGUGUCCAUGAGGGAUGUAGAUCCUGCUUUCCAGGGGGCUGGACAAAAAGCGGGAUUGGAGAUCUGGCGUAUUGAGAACUUCCGCCCUGUUCCUGUCCCAAAAGCUUCAUAUGGAAAGUUCUUUACUGGGGAUUCAUAUGUCGUAUUGAAGACAACAGCAUUAAAAAGUGGUGCUUUUCGCCAUGAUAUACAUUACUGGCUUGGUAAAGACACCAGUCAGGAUGAGGCUGGGACUGCUGCAAUCAAAACUGUCGAGCUUGAUGUUGCUCUUGGGGGACGAGCAGUUCAAUACCGGGAGAUGCAAGGCCAUGAGACUGAGAAAUUCCUUUCUUACUUUAAGCCAUGUAUCAUUCCGCAGCAAGGUGGUGUGGCAUCUGGGUUCAAGCAUGCUGAAAUCAAUGAGCAUGAGCAUGAAACUCGAUUAUUUGUAUGCAAAGGGAAGCACGUUGUUCAUGUAAAAGAGGUUCCUUUUUCUCGAUCGUCUCUCAGUCAUGAUGAUAUAUUUAUUCUGGACACCAAGUCUAAGAUUUUUCAGUUUAAUGGGUCUAAUUCAUCUAUUCAAGAGAGAGCUAAAGCUCUUGAAGUUGUCCAAUACAUCAAGGAUACAUAUCAUGAAGGGAAGUGUGAGGUGGCUGCUGUUGAGGAUGGUAAACUGAUGGCUGAUGCUGAGGCCGGGGAAUUUUGGGGUCUUUUUGGUGGCUUUGCUCCUCUUCCGAGAAAAGCAGCUAGUGAGGAUGAUAAAAAAAUUGAUACCUUUUCUCCAAAGCUCUUUUGCAUUGAGAAAGGGAAGCUGUCUCCUGUUGAAGCUGCUUCAUUGACAAGAGAGUUGCUAGAGACAAAUAAGUGUUACCUACUGGAUUGUGGUGUUGAAGCUUUUGUGUGGACGGGCAGAAAUACUUCCCUUGAAGAAAGGAAAAGUGCCAGUGCUGCUGCAGAAGAAUUGCUCCAUGGAUCUGACCGGCCUAAGGCUCAUAUUAUUCGUCUCAUUGAGGGUUUUGAAACUGUGAUGUUUCGAUCCAAAUUUGAUGCAUGGCCCCAGACAACUGAUGUGACUGUAUCUGAGGAUGGCAGAGGCAAAGUCGCAGCACUACUAAAACGCCAGGGAUUGAAUGUGAAGGGUCUGAUGAAAGCAGCCCCAGUCAAAGAAGAGCCUCAACCAUAUAUUGAUUGUACAGGGAAUUUGCAGGUCUGGCGAGUAAAUGGCCAAGAGAAGACCCUUCUUUCAUCUUCUGAUCAGUCCAAGUUCUAUAGUGGAGAUUGCUAUAUCUUUCAAUAUACAUAUCCUGGAGAAGAUAAUGAGGAAUACCUUGUUGGCACUUGGUUUGGGAAGAAGAGCAUCGAGGAAGAGAGAUCUGCAGCUAUUUCACUUGCAAAUAAGAUGGCUGAAUCUUUGAAGUUGCAGGCUGUUCAGGCACGCUUAUAUGAAGGAAAGGAACCUAUUCAAUUCUUUUCCAUUUUCCAGAGCUUUAUUGUGUACAAGGGUGGUGUAAGCUCAGGAUAUAAAAAUUUUAUUGCUGAAAAUGGCAUUGCCGAUGAUACAUACACAGAAGAUGGACUCGCGCUUUUUCGAGUUCAAGGUUCUGGACCAGAUAAUAUGCAAGCAAUUCAAGUUGAACCGGUAGCAUCAUCUUUGAAUUCAUCUUAUUGCUUCAUACUGCAUAGCGGCGACACUGUCUUUACAUGGUCUGGAAGCCUGACAACAUCAGAUGACCAAGAACUUAUUGAGAGACAGCUAGAUCUGCUAAAGCCUAAUGUCCAGUCCAAACCACAAAAGGAAGGAACUGAAACUGAACUAUUCUGGAGUUUACUUGGGGGCAAAAGUGAAUACCCUAGCCAGAAGAUCGGGAGAGAAUCAGAAAAUGAUCCACAUCUAUUCUCUUGCACUUUCUUUAAAGGCAAUUUAAAGGUUACAGAAAUAUUCAGCUUCACCCAGGAUGAUUUGAUGACAGAAGAUGUAUUCAUCCUUGAUUGCCAAUCCGACAUCUUUGUCUGGGUUGGACAACAGGUGGACACAAAGACCAAGUCACUAGCUUUAACAAUUGGAGAGAAAUUUCUUGAACAUGAUUUUCUUCUGGAAAAGCUGGCCAAAGAGACAUCCAUAUUCAUCGUUAUGGAAGGACGAGAGCCGCAAUUUUUCACUCGCUUCUUUACCUGGGACUCUGCUAAAUCAUUGAUGCAUGGUAAUUCAUUCCAGAGGAAGCUCACAAUAAUGAAAGGUGGAGUUGCUCCAACAGUUGAUAAGCCUAAGCGGCGAGCUCCUGCAUCAUAUGGGGGAAGGUCUAGUGUGCCUACAGACAAAUCUCAGCGUUCUAGAAGCAUGUCUUUCAGCCCUGAUAGAGUGCGUGUACGGGGGAGGUCUCCGGCAUUCAAUGCAUUGGCGGCUACAUUUGAGAAUGCAAAUACGAGGAACUUAUCAACCCCUCCACCUGUUGUCAGGAAGUUGUAUCCAAAGUCUGGGACACCAGAUUCAGCUACAGCUCCCCGCUCGGCUGCAAUAGCAGCUUUGACUUCUUCUUUUGAGACGACAAAAGUAAAUUUGAUACCCAAAUCAACUAAAGUGAGCCCUGAGGCCAACAAGGUAAGUUCAGAAACAAAUGCCAAGGAGAGCCCCAAGAACAAUAGAAUAGAAGUCAUACAGGAAGACACGAAGGAGGAUGAGGCUGAAGACGAUGAUGGGCUUCCCACAUUUCCAUAUGAACGCCUAACAACAUCAUCCUCUGAUCCUGUCACUGAAAUUGAUGUAACAAAGAGAGAGUCCUAUCUAUCAUCAUCAGAGUUUAAAGAAAAGUUUGGCAUGACAAAGGAUGCUUUCUACAAACUGCCUAAAUGGAAGCAAAACAAACUCAAAAUGGGUCUUCUGUUGUUUUGAAAUCCACAAAGUGCUUCUUGUUCAUUCUCAGGUAGCAUCAGUGCUCUUUUUAUUAGCUGCUUCUGCUCCCAUAAUUUAUCACCAAGAAACAGGUUUUUCUUUUAUUUUUAUUUUUUCUCUUCUUUCAGUCUCCUUCAUGCUCAAUCUCCAACUUUGUUUAUUGGAUGUCUGGUAUUCUUUAAGAUCACAAGUUGUUUGUGAGCUUGAGUUUUUGUUUUCUUUUUAUUUGUUUUUUUUUUAAAUUUAUAAAUUUAAUGAUUGUUUGCGGUCAGAAAGAGACUGGGUUAUCCCAGAGCUUUGAGUGAGUGUAUUAUGUUUAUGUAAUUAAGGAAAUGAGAAGCUUGUAUAGCAGUGUAAAUCAUAUGCUUGUAAACCAGCUUGUGUCUUGGUUGCUUUCAGUAAUAAUAAAAAAAAAAAACAUGAUUCAUUGUU